GGUUUGAAUAUUAUUGAAUACAUUGAAAACACAUUAAUGUCAACAGGAAAUCAAAACAUUACAGGUUUUCCUACAUUUCACGAUAUGACUAUAAAGGGUAAUAUAGAAUUGAAUGGUUUAAUUAAUGGUAUAGAUGUAAGAGAUGUUAUUACUGUUCAUAGUGAUGAAAACAUAUUUGGUUUGAAGGUGUUUUCAGAGAGUGUUAGUUCUACAUCCAAUAUCCACCUUACAAAAUAUAUAAAUGGAAUAAACGUUUCUGAUAUUGUUCAAGAUUCGUUUGAUGCUACCGUAGAACAGUUGAUUUUGGCAACUAAGAUGUUUGAUAACCCAGUUAGACUAUUAGGAAACCUAAUUGUGAAUGGAACACUAGAAGGAAUAUAUAUUGAUAGAGAGGUAGUUACACUAACCACUGAACAAACAAUCGUAGGGUUAAAAAAUUUCAUAGAUGUAUUGCAUGUAGAAGGGGAUAUUAACCUUGACGGUUUGGUAGGAGGCGCUGACAUUUCUACAUUGGCUAGAACACGAAUUACUCUCAAUGGCAGCCACAUACUAACUGAUUGUUAUUUUGUUGAUAAAGUUACCUUUCUAAAAGAUAUUUUGCUUGCAGAUCGUAUCGACGGCAUUGCUAUUGAUCGUCUAGAAGAUCUAUACUUCAGUUUCUUCCUGAAUGUCCAAGACGACAUUGAUGCAUUGAAUUUCGUUGCCAGUUCUCAGUGUGAAAGGAUCGAACAGUUACAAGAGUCGUUUUCAUUAGCAGUUGCUGAAUUAGACUUUACUGAGGUAAUACAAUCAUGGGAUCAACCUGUUCGUAUGUUUGAAUCUUUCACAACUGAUUCCGGACAACUAUAUUUAUUGAUGAUAGUACACUCCGAAAAUAGUGAUGUGUGCUCCGAUAGUUUCUUGUAUCGUUGGAACACUACUGAGGCAUCGUUUGACUUGUAUGAUUCAUUUAAAACUAGUGGAGCUGUAUCUGUCAAUACUCUAAUUACUGACGACAAUACUGUACACAUUGUAAUUGCAUCAACUGCACCUCAAGUAUGUACGGAAAAUGCUCACUUUUAUAUGCAGUUUGUGGGAGGAAUACUUUCGCCAUUAGAUACCAUCGUACCAAUGCUUUCCACGGGUGAGUUUGAUCUAAAGGCAACUGAAGAUGGGCUUCUGGUCUUAUUUACAGGAAAUGAAGCAGAAUCAUCAACGUCGAUCGAGGGCUUACCUAGAGGUGAAGACGUUCUUGUACUCAUUCAAGAUUUCCGGGAUGUAAUUGCAACGUCGGCUGAGUUUAUUGACAUUGAUAAUCAAACAUUUAUUGUUUUUGCUGAGCGCGACUCAUCUACCUCUCGUAUAUAUAAUGCAUUUUUAAAUAACACAUUAUUUAAUGUUACGGAUCCAUUUUCUUUCUUUCAAGAGAUACCCACAGUUAAUCCCCUGGAUGUAUGCGCAUUUGAACAUCAAGACUCCAUUGGUUUUGCCAUUGCAAACCACGGUGUGGUUCGUGAUGGACAUGCAGAUUACAAUGUUUACAUAUCAAUUUAUCAUUGGUCAUAUACCACAAAUGCGUUUGUACUACAUGAUUCGAUUCCCUUUUAUCGAACAAGCGAUAUUGAAAUAUUUAGUGUUGGCCCAUCUAUGUACAUGGCCGCAGUUAGUCAAUAUAGUCACGUAACAAUAUAUAAUUACGAAGGGACAAGUGGAUUUCAGACUGUACUGCAAUUAGAUGUAUCGGGUGUAUACUCUUGUCACGUUAGUAACGCCCUAGAUGGUACGAUAUUACUUGCUCUCGCUUCAGAACCUCAACGGGGAUCUGCUGUAAGCUACAUCCUAAAGGCAGUUUUUAAUGGUAAAGCUAUAGUACCUUCAGAACAAUUGUGCGACAUAGUUCUGCCAAGUUACCAUAGUGAAAAUAUCCAUAGCAUAAAUUAAUAUUAUGAGAUACAUUUAUUUAUUAUAAUCAUUGUCAUAUUUUGUAUUUGAACGUAAUAUUUUGACAUAUACGUAGCUUUAUAGUUUCAUAUUUCAUAGGGUGAUAGGGUGCUGAAAAGAUAUGU